AUGGCUCCAGCCAGCAAGUCGAGGCGGCAGCAGCCCGCUCCGUCUUCUUCGUCUUCACCCGCGUCUAAUAUAACUAAAGAUGGGCAUGUCCUCCGAAAAGGCAACUGUUCUGAAAAAGCUUGCGGUUUGGAGGCUGGUUGUGUCCAACAAGGAGACAGCUACAUGUGCGUCUGUCCUCACGAAGGGAGGCCAACGGUGGAUCUUCAUUGCCCGAGGAAAACUGUUACAGAUCAGCCUAAACCGUUUGUGGUGAUACCUCCAACUGAACAAAACAAGACUACAUCAAAUUCAUCUACACAGGCCACAGAUGGAGUUUUGGCUGGUAUAUUUGGCAUGUUCAUCUCUGAUACCAAAUUAAUCAUUAUCUUGCUGCUAAUCAUUCUGGCUUGUUGUAUCUUCAUGUACCUCAGUUGCAGGAGGAAGAUGCAGCGAAGUUUAGAAGAAAAAUCCAAAGGAAUAACACUAGUAACGCCAGUGACUCUCACUAAAGGAAUAAUUAAUGCUGACCGAUUUGCCAACAAUCCUGGAUAUCUUGGAGGUGAUCCAUGCCAUUUGUCUCUUCCCCUCAUUUCCCGAGACAAUGUUAGAUUUAACAACAUAAUAGGGGAAGGCUGUUUUGGUAAAGUAUUCAAAGGUGAGCUAGUUAAAGACGAUGACACAAUUGAAAUUGUCGCUAUUAAAGUAUUGAAAAAUUCAGCCUCAAAAGAAGCAGAGGAAGAUUUCAUGCGAGAAGUGGAAAUAAUGAGUUCAUUUCAGCAUAAAAACAUCUUAUCUUUACUCGGUGUGGCAUUAAAAGAGCAAAACAAGAGCCCGUGGAUGGUAUUUGAGUUCAUGCCAUUUGGUGAUUUGACAGAAGUUCUAAGAAGCAACUCAAAGCAUUUUCGUAGACCUGAUUCAAAUGUUCCCCUUCUAAGCAAAGAAUCACUGCUCUCAAUCGCCACACAAAUAGCAUCAGGAAUGAAGUACCUUGCAGGGCAGCACUUUGUUCACAGAGAUCUUGCCUGCAGGAACUGUCUUGUUGGUGAUAACUUGACAGUGAAAAUUGCUGACUUUGGAAUGAGCAGAGAUGUGUACACUUGCGAUUAUUACAAGAUUGGAGGUUCCAGACUUCUGCCAGUACGUUGGAUGUCACCAGAGAGUGUCACUUAUGGAAGAUUCACUUUAGAAUCAGAUAUAUGGUCUUUUGGAGUUGUAUUAUGGGAAAUAUACAGCUUAGGAAAGCAGCCUUACUUUGGACAUUCUAAUGAAGAGGUGGUAAAGCUGAUUUUACAGGGUAUAAUGUUGAUACCACCCGAAGAUUGUCCACCUUUCAUUUGUGAACUGAUGAGGUCUUGCUGGAAGACUGAACCAAGAGAUAGAAUUAACUUUAUCGAACUUCAUGAGAAAUUACUUAAUGAAAACAAUAAUAACCGAACCCCUUCGGAGUUCACCAUUGCCUCAGACUGUCUCGAGGUUGAUGGCUACCUGAGCCCAAAUCCAAGACCUCCUCAUGACUACCUUCAGCCACUACCAGACUGAUACCCACUUACAUUGAUACCAGAACUAUUAUUACCAGUUGAGAACCUGUUAUAGUUCAGACUUCUGUGAGUCAUAUUAAUCAUGCAUAUCAACUUUCACAAACUAUUUAGAUGUUAAUCUAUACUAAGAGCAUGUAUGUAUGAGUGCAGUUAAUGUAUACUAUUUUAUACAUGUUAAUGAGUGUAUUGCAAGUAAAUUGAGUGGCAAUUACUUGUGGUUAAAUAUAAAGGAACAUUGUUAAAGGUACUAAUGUUAAACCAUUCCAAAGAUAGUCUUUAAUUUAGAUUAAUUAUUAAAGAAAAAAUAAAACUUGUGUAAAACUGCCUCAGGAAAUAUUGAUCUCAGAUCUGUUGAAGGUGUAGGCAUUUAAAAAAAAAUAUUGGGGAAAGAAGCUGUUUUUAAAAUUAUAUCACAUUCACUUUGAUUAAUGAACAUUCCAUUGUGUUAAUUACUUUACAGCUCUGAAUUUCAUUGAUCUUAGAAACGAACUUGAUAAGUAGAUCUGACUCAAUUUUUCAUAGCAGAUACAUAAUUUAUGAAAUGUUUUGUGAAUUUAAUUUAAUGAUAAGUUGCUUAUAAAUUUCUGACUGACAUAAUGCAGUGAUGAAUUGAUGAUUGUAUAUAUAUAUUUGCUUUUAAUCAUGAUAGUUACUCUGAGUGUCUGUUUCAAAGAAUGUUGUUUUUAUCAGUUUCUGUGUUAGAACAAUAUUUAUAAGUUCAUGAUAGGUACAAUCAUUGCAUUACAACUUAGCUAUUACAAAAAAAAAAAUGUGUAUUGCAAACUGCUAAUUUUUAGUGUUAUUGUACCUUUUAUUGAGGUAUAAUUGGUUCUAAUUCAUUGGUAAUUACACAAAAACAGAAGAAAAAAUAAAUGACUUGC